UCAAAGUAUAACAAUAGCAAUAUGAGCUUAACCAAACAAAAUUGUAAAGCUCUUUUUUAUAGAAGUUAGAAACUAGGAAGUCGUUCAGCUGCCACCCAGCCUGAAGGCAGCGCCGCCAGUGCACUGUGCAACUGCAGCCGUGUGUGCCGCCGCGCGCUCGCCCCGCGCCCUCCCAGAGCACGGCGCCAGUUCAAUCAGUCGCUCAGUGCCGCACGGACUGUCGUAGUGAGAGCUCGCGUCGACUGCGCCGCGGACCGCGCCACACGUGCUCGCGACGAGUGAAUGUUGUUGACUUGUGAAGUUCUGACAGUGCAUCGGUGAACCGGCGGGUAGUACUCGAGACUCCACUGUCUGAAGAGUUGAGAUCAGUUGCAAACAAGUAUUAGCGGUGCCGUGCGGGUGUAGCAUGCCGUGUGACCGUGGCCGGUGAGGAUCGCGCUAUGUUGGCGGCGGCGCUGCUCGCGCUGCUUAGCUGCGCGGGCGCGGGUGGCGCAGGGCAGGCCGCGCGCCCCGCGCCCGUGCCUGUGCCGCGCUGCUGUCCGCCCGGCCACGAGCUGGCGCCCGCUAGCCUUCGAGUGGACGUGCUGCGCGCCGCCGACGUGCCGGCCGCCUGCGAGCCCGCGCCCGACGCGGCGGCCUGGGCGCCGCUCGUGUACGCGCCCGCGCGCGGCACGUUCCUGGAGCGCGGGCGCGUGCCGCCGCACUGGCGAGUGGAGCACGCGCGCGUGCCGGAGUGCGAGGAGCUGCGCGUGCUGCGCGAGCACGCCGCGGGCUACGCGCUGCUGGCCAACAGCGGGCGCCUGCAAGUGCGCGGCGGCUCGGCGCUGGGGCUGGCGGGCGAGCGCUGGUGCGCCGACGCGCGCGUGGCGCUGGCUUGCGCCGAGGACGCCGGCGGGCGCGGCGUGGCCAAGUGCUGCGCGCCCGACCACGUGUUCGACGGCGCGCGCUGCGUGGCGGACGCGGAGCGCGCGGCGGCCGUGCUGCGCGAGCUGCGCCUGCUGGGCAACGGCAGCGCCGUGGGCGCGGGCUGGCCGGCGUGCGCGGACGGCUCGCAGUACGCGGUGGCGGGCGCGCUGGACGCGGCGCGGCUGUCGGACGGCGCGCUGGCGCUGGGCGGCGCGCGGCUGGCGGCGGGCGCGUGGUGCGCGGAGGCGGUGGGCGCGCAGGGCACGCGCGUGCUGGCGUGCGCGGGGCGCGCGGCGGCGGCGGGCGGCGCGCGCCAGCUGCUGUACGGCGCGGCGCUGGCCGUGGGCGCCGCGUUCCUGGCCGCCACGCUGGCGGCGGGCUUCGCGCUGCCGGCGGCGCACCACGCGCUGCACUGGCGCUGCCAGACGCACUACGUGGCUGCGCUCAUGCUGGGCGACGCGUUGCUGGCGGCCACGCAGCUGGCGGGCGAGCGCGUGCCGCCGGGCCCGUGCCGCGCGCUCGCCGUGUGUAUGCACUUCCUGUUCCUGUCCGCCUUCUUCUGGCUCAACACCAUGUGCUUCAACAUCUGGUGGACGUUCCGCGACUUCCGGCCCACGUCGCUGGAGCGCGGCCAGGAGGCGUGCCGCCUGCGCGUGUACGUGGCGUACGCGUGCGGCGGGCCGCUGCUGCUGGCGGGCGCGGCGGCGCUGCUGGACCGCCUGCCGCCGGGCGCGGCGCCGGGCGUGCUGCGGCCGCGCUUCGCCGUGCAGCGCUGCUGGUUCUACGGCGACAUGGAGAUCCUCGUGUAUUUCUUCGGGCCCGUGGGCGUGCUGCUGCUCGUCAACCUGGCGCUGUUCGCGUCCACGGCGCGCCAGCUCACGUGCGGCCUGUGGCGGCGCGACGAGGUCAAGUCCACGUCGGAGCGCGCGGCGCUGGGCCGCGUGUGCGCCAAGCUGGUGGUGGUCAUGGGCGUGACGUGGGGCGCCGACGUGGUGUCGUGGGCGGCGGGCGGGCCCGAGUACGUGUGGUACGCCACGGACCUGCUCAACGCGCUGCAGGGCGUGUUCAUCUUCCUGGUGGUGGGCUGCCAGCCGCACGCGUGGGCCGCGCUCAAGCGCGCCGCACACGCGUGGUGCGCGCGCGCGCCGCAACAGCAGCACUCGUCGUCGCACCUGCCGUCGUGCGGCGAGUCGCUCACGCACACCACGGCCGCGCCCGCGCGCCUGCCCAUGGAGACGGUGUGCUGACCCGGACCGGCCCGACCGGCCCGACCGGCCCGACCGGCCCGGCCUGCCCGGCGAGACGCUAGUGACGUGAAGUGACGCGCCCGACGCCGGCCGACGGCCGAGCGCUCUGGCGCCGCCGACGCGCGGUCGGUGUGCGGAGAUGAGGAUCGGAUCGCGCUCGGAGGAGACGCGGCAUUAUUUAUUAUACAGUAUUAUUUUUGUACUAGUAUGUAAGUGACGAGUAGGCGCGGAUGGCGAGGCUUGUAUAUAAGUGCGUACCGCGGAGUAGCACGUCUGUAUAUAGUAAAAAUUGUUGUCGUGUACGUAUUUGUAUGAUGUAUGUGUUAAUUUAUAACUCAGUGUACGACGGACUAUGACGAAUCGUCUCCGGUGGACAUCUUGCCCGCACGAUUGGCUGUUGAAAUAAAAAUGAUUGUGAAAUUCAA